AAUCACAGUUCUGUUAAGGAUGUACACACAGCUCGGGAAUCAAAUAAAGAUAUUUCAUAUUGAAAGAGGCUCCACCUGGAUUCAUUUACUCUGUCACAGCACAUAUCAAUAAUGGGCGACUCUGAUUCAGAAACAAGUCCCUCUACACAGCUUAAAAAGAGUGGGGCUGUUCCUGAAAUGAUUCGCUCUUUGGGACAAAAGCCAGAGACUACUGAAUGUGUCCUGAUGGAGAGAGUAGACUCACCUGAUAAUAGCUGCAUUUCCAUGAAGAGUGACCAGUCAAUGGACAUCCCAACUCAUUUUAGCAAGGGGCAUUUUCCUGCAGAUCAAAGAAACGAAAUGAAAAAAUCAGAUGUGUGUCAUGAAAGAGAUUUGUCAUCCAUAUUUGCAUCACUAGAGGAAAAUGCUGUAAAGUUCCUGAAGGAUGAACUGAAGAAGUUCACACAGUAUCUAGGCCAGAAUUACCCAGAAUGCUCUGAGCCUCUGCUGGAUGAGGACAAUGACCUGGACAGUGAUGAUCAGAUGCAGAAGACCUGUGGUAGAGAGGGAGCUUUGAAGAUCACACUGUACAUCCUGAGGACCAUGAAGCAAAAUGAUAUUGCUGACAGACUGGAGAAGAGGGAACUCCUGUUACAAUGUCAGCAGAGAAUAAAAUGUAACCUGAAGAAGAAAUUUGAGUGUGUAUUUGAAGGGAAAGCUAAGAAAGGACACCCAACACUUCUUAGUGAGAUUUAUACAGAACUCUAUGUAACUGAAGGUGAAACUCGAGGAGACAGGAAUGAACAUGAAGUAAAACAGAUUGAAACUGCAUCCAAGAAAAGGGUGACAAGCGAUACUACAAUCAAGUGCAAUGACAUUUUUAAACCAUUAAGUGGCCAUGGAACACCUAUUAGAACUGUCCUUACAAAAGGAGUUGCAGGUAUUGGGAAAACAGUUUCCAUGAAGAAAUUUAUUCUUGACUGGGUGGAUGGAAAAGCAAACCAGGAUAUGCACUACAUAUUUGCUCUUCCGUUCCGAGACCUGAAUUUAAUUAAGGAUGAAUACAGUCUCAUUGAACUGAUUCAUCACUUUGUACCAGAAAUGAAAUCAUUCAAUUCGACUGAGUUGUGUAGCUACAAAGUCUUGUUCGUCUUUGAUGGUCUGGAUGAGUGCCGCCUUCCUCUAGAUUUUCAUAACAAUGAGAGCUGGUGUGAUGUAACAAAGAAAACAUCACUGGAUGUGCUGUUGACUAAUCUCAUUAAGGGGAAUCUCCUUCCAUCUGCUCUCCUUUGGAUAACUUCCCGGCCAGUAGCAGCCAAUCAGAUACCUCCUGAGUGUGUUCACCAGGUGACAGAGAUACGAGGAUUCGUUGAUGCCCAAAAGGAGGAGUAUUUCAGGAAGAGAUUUAAUGAUCAGGGCCUGGCUAGCAGGAUUAUCGCACAUGUGAAAUCAUCAAGGAGCCUCUUCAUCAUGUGCCACAUACCUGUGUUCUGCUGGAUUUCAGCCUCUGUUCUUGAGAGACUUUUUAGUGAAACUGAUAGUGGAGAAAUUCCAAGUACUCUGACUGAAAUGUACACACACUUCCUGAUAUUUCAGACAAGUUUAAAAGAUAAAUAUGAGAAAACUCAAGAAAUAGGACAUAAUGUAUGCUUAAAACACAAUGAAAAGUUCCUCCUUAAACUUGGUAAGCUAGCUUUUCAGAAUCUUGAAAAAGGCAAUCUCAUAUUUUAUGAGGGGGAUUUUGAAAAGUGCGGCAUUGAUGUCAAUGAAGCUUCAGUUUACUCUGGAGUGUGCACAGAAGUCUUUUCAGAGGACUCUGGGUUGUAUCAUGAGAAGAUGUACAGCUUUGUACAUCUGAGUAUUCAGGAGUAUCUUGCUGCUUUAUACAUGUUUCUAUCAAACUCAUCAGCUAGUUUGUUGAAGACUGCAGUGGAUCAAGCAUUAAAGAGCAAGAAUGGACACUUGGACCUCUACCUCUGUUUCCUCCUCGGCCUGUCAAUAGAUUCCAAUAAGAGUUUGUUAAAAAGGCUACUGCCACAGAAAAGAACCAGAUCACAUAACAUUAAGGAAACGGCCCACUACAUCAAGGAGAAAAUACAGCAGAAUUUAUCUCCAGAAAGAACCAUCAACCUGUUCCACUGUCUGAAUGAACUAAAUGACAAAUCACUGGUAGAUGAGGUACUAAGUUACCUGAAUUCAGGAAGUCUUACAGCUGAAGACCUCUCACCUGCCCAGUGGUCAGCUCUGGCCUUUGUGUUGCUGAUGUCAGAUGAGGAGCUGGAUGUGUUUGAUCUGAAGAAAUACAUCAGAUCAGAUGAAGGACUUCAGAGGCUGCUACCUGUGGUCAAGAAAUCUAGGACAGUUCUGCUGAGCAGCUGCUAUCUCACAAAUAAAGGCUGUGAAGUGUUGGCUUCAGCUCUCAGGUCAGACUCCUCACACCUGAGAGAGCUGGACCUGAGUGACAAUGACCUGCAGGAUUCAGGGGUGGAUCUGCUCUCUGCUGGACUGGGGGAUUUGCACUGUAAACUGGAGGUACUGAGACUAUUAGACUGUGGAGUCACCGAGAGAGGCUGUUCUUUCCUGGAUUCAGCUCUGAGGUCAAACCCAUCACACCUGAGAGAGCUGGAUCUGAGCUACAAUCACCCAGGAGAUUCAGGUGUGAAGCUGCUCUCUGCUCUACUGCAGGAUCCCAACUGUAAACUGGAGAAGCUGAAGGUGAACCAGUGUGAACUCACGAAGACAUGCUGUGAAGCAUUGGCUUCAGCUCUCAGAUCAAAAUCUUCACACCUGAGAGAGCUGGGUCUGAGUGGUAAUGACCUGCAGGAUUCAGGAGUAGAUCUGCUGUGUGGUGGACUGAGGGAUUUACAAUGCAAACUAGAGAUUCUGAGAUUGUCAAGCUGCAGAGUCACAGAGGAAGGCUGUUCUUCCCUGGCUUCAGCUUUGAGGUUAAACCCCUCAUACCUAAGGGAGCUGGAUCUGAGUUACAAUUACCCAGGAAAACUGGGAGUGAAGCUUCUCUCUGCUGUACUGGUGGAUCCAAGAUGUAAACUGGAGAAACUGAAGUUGAACUGGUGUCAGCUCAAAAAGACAUGCUGUGAAGUGUUGGCCUCAAGUCUCAGAUCAAAAUUAUCACACCUGAGAGAGCUGGACCUAAGUGACAAUGAUCUGCAGGAUUCAGGAAUAGAUCUGCUAUGUGGUGGAUUGGGGGAUUUACAAUGCAAACUAGAAAUAUUGAGACUGUCAGGCUGUAGAGUCACAGAUAGAGGCUGUUCUUCCCUGAUUUUAGCUCUGAGAUCAAACCCCUUACAUCUGAGAGAGCUGGAUCUAAGCUACAAUCACCCAGGAGUCUCAGGAAUAAAGCUGCUCUCUGCUGUACAGGAUGAUCCUACCUGCAAACUGGAGAAACUGAAUGUGGAGCAUGAUUGGCAUUGCAGGAUCAGACCAGGGCUCCUGAAAUACUCCUGUCAGCUGACACUGGACCCCAACACAGCAAGUGGAUCGAUGUCUCUGUCAGAGGCGAACAAGAAGGUGACAUGGGUGAGCGUGGAGCAGCUAUAUCCUGAUCAUCCAAAGAAAUCUAAUUACUGGAACCAAGUUCUCAGUAGAGAGAGCUUGAUUGGUCGCUGUUACUGGGAGGUUGAGUGGAAUGGCAAUGGAGCCGAUAUUGGAGUGACUUAUAAAGGAAUCAGAAUGAAAGGGAGUGAUAAAUGCAAGAUUGGUUUCAAAGACAAGUCAUGGAGUCUGUUCUGCUCUACUGACAGUUUCUCAGUCUGUCAUAAUAAUAAACAGACUCUCAUACCCAUACAUCCCUCAGGUUCCCACAGAGUAGGAAUAUAUCUAGACUGGGAGGCUGGUACUCUGUCCUUCUACAGUGUCUCCUCUGAUAGACUGACCUUCCUGUACAGGUUCACCACAUCUUUCACUGAACCCCUCUAUCCAGCAUUUUGGGUUGUCUCAGGGUCCUCGGUGUCUCUUGCAUGCUAGGAUAGCUCACUCUGCUGGAAAGUGUCAAUCUGAGUGAAGCUUCUAGUUGGGUCCAGUAUUCGCAACUUCACUCCCAGUGAAGCAAGGUAUCCAGGUGGCCUCCAAAAACACAUCACCCAAACAUAUUCACCAGAAAGCUUUUGUCUAUGCUCCACUUAGCCAGUAUGUACAUGAAUCUUCCAUAGACUUCCAGGCACAGGAUCAGUGGGUGUCUAUCGGCUGUAGUUAUCCUAGUUUCAAAGGGAAAAUUAACAUAUAUGUUGUCAAAAGCAACUCCCAUGAAACAAUCUGUGCUAUGGUUCAAUUAGUAAGAUAGAUAACACUUUUAAAUAUGAGCAUCUGGUGAUAGAAGCCCUCAGUGUACUAGGCAUCACAGGAAGAACAAGGAGCAGAGCCAUCAAGGACGUCACCGAAGCAGCUGAGAAAUCCUCAAGAUGGCUCUGGAUCUGGUGAGAAGAUCCAUGGGGAUUAGUGCACGCCACCUGAACACAUUCCGGGAUCUGAUCAACUGUGGCGGGCUUAAUCUGAGUGAAGCUUCUAGUUGGGUCCAGUAUUUAUAUGGGUGCUUCUGAUCCCUAUUCAUGUCCUACCUGUUCUCGUUAGUGGUGAUGGUUUGUGUCCCAGUGUGUUGUUCCUGCAUCUGUUCAUGCAAUUAGCCCUCCCUUGUUUCCCAGAGUUCUUAAAAUAGGCUUGUUGCAGAACUGAAUGGUAUACGCUCUUAUGGAAGAUAAAUACAUUUGCUAAAAUGCUGUUUUGGUCUCUAUAUUGCUAAUUAACAUUUAUCCGUCCCUCUUCCAUGGUUUAGUUUGAAAUUUGUUUUAUAUGUAAAAUACUGCACUUUUAACACUGGGGGUUAAUCUGGCUGAAGGGUCUGGUUUCUUUCUUUCCUUCCUAGUCUCCUGUAUUUAUGUGAGCAGGUUGGUAGCCUGUUCAUGUCCUGCCUGUAGCUGCUGGAAGUAGACACUCGGUGUGCUGUAUUUGUCACUAUGCGGGAUGGACAGUUGGACAUAAGAGUGGGUUUUCAGGGAAGGGAUAAUGAGACUGGAGGCGAAGAAGGGUGACCAGCAAGCAUUUAAAACUGUUUAGUAGUGGGCUGGUUGGGCUGUUAUUCUGACAACAGCUUCUCUUCAUUAGUAAUCGUCCACCUCAGACAGCUUUCCACUUAUUAAUGUACUUAUUAUUUCAUUUAGGUACCUUAAUAAAUUAAACAUCUUGGAUAA